AUGGAUGAGCGCGGUACACCCAUCAACAAGGCGCCAAGCAUUGCCAACAAGGACCUAGAUUUGUAUAAACUAUUUAAGAUCGUUAAUCGCUUGGGAGGUUUUCAUCGUGUUACCUCUCAACUAAAGUGGGGCGUGAUAUACUCCGAAAUGGAUCUUCCUCACAAUUUCACGGCUGGUCCUAGAAAUCUGCAGACAGCAUUUAAGAAGUAUCUUUUUCCGCUCGACGACCUCUCGCGUAAGCUGGGCACAAGUCUAGACCAGAUACCCCUGUCGGGCCCUAGAACGCAGCAUCUGAAGUCCCAGCGGCAACAACAGCAACAGCAACAACAAAGAACCACAGGUGCUAGUAGCAGCAGCCAGGGCCCAUCCAGGGGUUCAGCCAGUGGUGGUAGUCAGCAGACUGCUGCGUCAAAACCGAAGCAACAGCAACCUUCAGCCUCCACAUCAACUGUCCAGCCUGCAAACACGACGUCCGCGGAGCCGGGCGCAAAGGCCGCCGCCGCAGAUGGCAAGACAGUCUCGAGCACCAAAACAGAUGCAGUAAUCACUGCUGCUGCUGCUGCUACUACAUCCAAUGUGGCUUCAGCACCAACUAAAAAGGAGCCCGAUCAGGCGUCACGAAGACCCACGGAAACUGCGAGCCGCAAGGACACCCCAAAGAAGACCGACAGAGAUGAAAAGACGCCAAAAGAUGUUAAGUCGAAGGCUUCUGUUACACCCGCGCAGACACAACAACGGCUGGAGAGUGUAAAAGAAGUCCAAAGCUGCUGCAGCAGUCCAGCCCUUUCCUCAUUUGAUAAAACUGACGACAACAAUCUAUCCAACCUCGUUGAAAAUCUUUCAAAGUCAAGCAAGUUGAAGAAUGCGAGUGGAAGGAAUCGAAAUCGUUCAGAAAUCCAAUACCGCGUUCACUACAUGGGCUGGAACUGUCGUCACGAUGAGAUUGUGCCUAGACAACGCAUUAUUCGGGCGGCCUCCCUACCGGACUCUUCCAGAACUCCAACGGAGAUCGGCCAGUCUGGGACCGCUGGUGGCCGAGAGGUUUCAACCACACCUGAAGUCAGUGGCCGCGAUGAGGAGGGGGAGGAGGACGAGAACGUUGACUAUGAGGAUGUUUACAGCAGCGCCGGACGUAGACGCGACAGUAGCCACAUUGACGAUACGGCCUCUGACAACGUUACCACCACUGCACCAACUGUCAGGCGCGGGAUUUCGGCGAAUAGAAUUCCCGGUUCUCCAAUAGGUACAAAAAGAAGAAGGUCUCCGUCUGCCUAUUCGGACAUUGGGGUCACCUGUCACAAGACCCCAAAACUUGAGGAUCUUAAGGGUAGGCACACUUCGGAUGACCAUGUAAACCCAAUAACGCACAGGCUUACACAAAAUUAG